AUGUCCCCGUUCAGGUUAUUCGAGUUGGACCGCGUUGUUCGCCUGCUGCUCUCCGUUGCGGCCGGCAGGGUCAACCUGUCCACCCUCGCGCGGCUGGAUUGCCGCCACGCGUCCCGAGCGCCCGCGCCGAGCCGCCCCAACCGUCCCUCGGCGUCCGCGACCCCUAUAAGAGCCGCCGCAGCCGCCUCGCAAACCCUAGAAGCCCUCGGGCUCUUUUCUUUGUGCGCCGCCACCAAGGAAAGGGAGAGCCGAGAGGGGGAAGAGAAGAAGAAGCAGAGGAAGAACGGAGGGCCAAGGAGGAGAGAAGAGGAGGGAGGGCGCUGCGCUGCUACGGCCGGACCCGAGCCCGCCGCCGCUGCCGGCCUCGACGUCGCCUCCGUGCCGCGGUGGAGGAGCCGCUGCUCAGGAACGCCGCCCGAACCAGCAACACCGUGGCCGUGUCCAAGGAGAAGGACGCCGCCGGACCUGACGCCGAGCGCCACCAAGCCAGCGAGGAGUACCUGCUGCCGCAACUCGGCGCCGCCGCUGGGCACGAGGAGAACGACGCCGAUGCCAAGCUGCCCACGGGACACCACCGGAUCGAGCAGAAGCACGCCGCCGCCUGAGCUCGUCACCACGCCGCCGCCCCCGAUCGACGACAUCGACGUUCCAGCACAGCCUGCACAGCACCAACCCGACACGGCUCCGCCUCGCCUCUGCCUCACCCUGUUCUCCUUCGACUUGUGCCGGUCCUGAUGAGAAGAAGUUGAUCGACGUUCCGAGCAACCAGCGGAUCCAGAAGGACUACCCCGACACCCGGAGGAUCCAGAAGAACGUAGCGGACGACCAGAAGACGUCAGAGACCGAGGAAGGCU